AUGCGAGACUUCUCCUGCUUCGGUGACGCCGCCGUCACCCUGGCCGCCGGUGCCGCUGGCGGCGGCGGGGGAGGAGGAGGCGCCGGCGGCGCGCUCGACCGCUGGCUCCAGGCGGCCACGGCCAGCGACUACAGGGUCGCGCUGUCGUCGCGCAAGGAGCUCCGGAUCAAGGUCACCUGGACGCGGGGCGUCGCCGCCGGGGCCAGCGGGGCGGCGGCGGCGGGCGCGGCUGGGGGGCCGACCGGGAUCGCGCUGGCCAUCGACGACGGGUCGUCCCUGGCGCCUCCUCCUCUGGCGGCGGCGGCGCUGAUCGGCACGCCGAGCCGGACGGCCCCGGCAACCGCGCCCGCGCCCGCGCAGCACUUCCUGCAGAAGAAGCGCGGGACGCGGUCCUUCGUCACCGACGCCGGCACGGCGGUGUCCGUCUACUGGGACACGUCGGAGGCCAAGUACUACCCCGCGGGCGCGGCGGAGCCCUCCCGCGACUACCACCUCGCCGUCGUCGCGGACGGCGAGCUCGCGCUGCUGCUCGGCGGCGGCGGCGGCGAGGCGGCGCGCGACGUCCGGCGCCGCUUCGCGCCCGCGCCGCGCCGCGCGCUGCUCAGCCGCCGCGAGCAGGCGGCGCAGCUGGUCCACACGACGCGCUGCAGGUUCCGCGACGACGGCGCCGAGCACGAGGUCACGGUCGCGUGCCGCGGGGACGAGUGGGGGUCCAGGGACGGCGAGGUGGCCGUCAGCGUCGACGGCAAGAAGGUGGUGGAGGCGCGCCGGGUCAAGUGGAACUUCCGCGGCAACCGGACCGCCGUGCUGGGCGACGGCGCCGUCGUCGAGGUCAUGUGGGACGUGCACGACUGGUGGUUCGCUGGCGUGUCCGGCGGCGGCGGCGCGCAGUUCAUGGUCAAGGCGCGCGGGGCGGCGGACGGCGGCCGGGUGUGGAUGGACGAGGAGAUGGCCAACAAGGGCCACCCACCCGCCGGCUUUUUCCUGCACCUACAGUGCUACCGCCGGUGA